CGACGCCUAGAAUGUUUACCCACAAGUUGUCUGGUGCACAAACUUGGCAUCCACCACCAAUCCACAUACAAAACUCCCACAGCAGCAGACUCGAGGCGCUUGCUGCCCGUUCGCAGCGCGACUCAAGUCGUCUACAAACAACAAUCUUCCUUUCCCACGUAGGAUCUGUCUUUCACGACUCAAGCAUCGGCGGCGGGAUCUGGCGAUGCUUCCUCGCCCUGAAUGAUUUCGAAAUUUCGGGCACUCGAUAUCAACUCUUGAGUUGUCACCCUUUAGCAUCAUGGCUGAUGUAAAUCAAGGCACACAUGCAGUGGACGAUCAUCUACCAAAUCAAGGAACUUUCACAUUACGUGUUCGUGAUGAUCGCAUUCAGUGCACAUGCCUUCCUGGCAGCUCUCGAGUCGCGAAAGAUAUGAUAUUGUGCGUUAUCGACACAAAUCAGCUUGUCUGGUCACACCAGCCUUGUCAAGUCGAAGAGCUCAAUUACCGUCCCAGGAAUGUGUGGCCGGGAUUGAGCGAUAUAUGGCUUGCAUCAAGAGCCGUCUUGUCGAAGGACACUGGCCAGAUUAAACCACCGCAUAUGAUCGACAAUGAGAACUCUACCCUUUCAAGGACUCGUGGGGACAAGGGAAAACCACAUGAACAGAGCGAGAGACAUCGUCUGUUCAAGCACGUAACCACCACGUUCCGUUGUGACGCUUCCUGCACCGGCUCCAACAGGCUAUGUGAUUAUUUCUGGUGCAAGAAGUGCUGUGGUUGGCAACAUCGCGCUUGCAUGCGCUACGGCGAGCCUGGUGAUCGAGGCGGACCCGUCUGCAAUGUCUGCUAUAAGCAUUUCUUCGAUCAUAUUCACGAAUAUCGAGCCUGGCAGAAGCAACGGCAACUAGAGGUUGUUCGCCAUGCUUGGGCAUUCAUAGUCGCACCGGAAAACCAGUGUCAGACUUGGAGGCUGAAUCUCGUCAAAGGCUUUCUCUGGGGUUUCUUUGUUGAGGUAUGCCCAUUUUGUCAAGUCGGCGGAUGUCAUGACACUGCUUGACGAUGGACUGGCGGUUGUCGUUAAUGAUUCCCAGCUAACUGAUUUCGAGUAGCAUCGCCGUCAGUUCUUGCUGGAACAGAAACGCAAUGCCGAUGCUCUUGAGCAACGAUCAAAUCGGCCGAAUGUUUCAGACUCAGUACCCACUCGAUGGAGCUCGCGGGAACACAGCUUUAUCGGCAGA